GUACACUUUCUUUUAGCUCUUUGUUAAGUUUCUAAUCCUAGAGCUUGUUCUGAAAUGGCUAGAACCGAAGAAAAGCUUCACAUUGUAAUGUUUCCAUGGCUAGCCUUCGGACACUUAAUCCCAAACCUUGAACUGGCCAAACUCAUUGCUCAAAAGGGUCACAAUAUCAGUUUCGUGUCCACCCCAAGAAACAUAGAGCGUCUCCCCAAACUGUCCCCAAACCUGGCUUCAUUCAUCAAAUUUGUGAAGCUUCCACUGCCCAAAGUGGACAAACUUCCAGAAAACGCAGAAGCCACCACUGAUGUUCCCUACGACGUCGUUCAGUAUCUCAAAAAAGCCUACGACGAUUUGGAAGAACCCUUGACCCGUUUUCUCGAAUCUUCCAAAGUUGAUUGGCUCUUCUACGACUUAAUUCCCUUCUGGGCAGGUACUGUGGCUUCUAAACUUGGUAUAAAGAGCGCCUUUUACAGCAUUUGUACUCCACCGUGUAUGGGCUUCCUUGGUCCUCCUUCAGUUCUCAUGGGUGAAGAUCCGUACCGGACAAAACUCAAAGAUUUCACCGUUACUCCGCCGUGGAUCUCUUUUCCGACUACCGUGGCAUAUCGAUACUUCGAGAUGAUGAGAAACUCUGACGCCGUCUCUGAUAAUGACUCCGGAAUUUCUGACAUGUACCGUUUUGGUGCGGUUAUCAAGAACUGUGAUAUUGUAGUGAUUAGAGGGUGUACCGAGUUCGAACCAGAGUGGUUUCAAGUGUUGGAGAACAUUUAUCAGAAACCGGUUCUUCCUGUGGGUCAACUCAUCAACAGAGAGUUUGAGGGAGACGAGGAUAACAUCACCACGUGGCAGUGGAUGAAGGAUUGGUUAGACAAGCAACCAUGCGGGAGUGUGGUGUACGUGGCCUUUGGAAGCGAAGCAAAACCAAGUCAAGAUGAAGUGACACAGAUAGCUCUAGGUUUGGAGGAAUCAAAGAUUCGGUUUUUCUGGGUGCUUAGGGUUCAACGUGGGCCAUGGGACCCAGAUGUGUUACGGUUACCAGAAGGGUUCGAAGAGCGAACCAAAGGGCGUGGAAUAGUGUGCACCAGUUGGGCACCACAGUUGAAGAUACUGAGCCACGUAGCAGUUGGUGGGUUUUUGACUCAUUCUGGUUGGACCUCUGUAGUGGAGGCUGUUCAGAACGAGAAACCUCUGAUUUUGUUAGCAUUUCUUGCAGACCAAGGGUUGAACGCAAGAGUGUUGGAAGAGAAGAAGAUGGGGUAUUCGGUUCCUCGGGACGAACGUGAUGGGUCGAUCACGAGUGACGCGAUCGCUAACUCAAUAAGGUUGGUUAUGGUUGAGGAUGAAGGAAGGGUCUACAGGGAGAAGAUUAAAGAGGUGAAGGAUUUAUUUGUCAAUACUGUCAGACAAGAAAAAUAUAUCGAUGAAUUACUACACUACCUUAGUAGGAAUCUUUCGAAUUGUUAAUCUUGUUGGUGUUGGUUUCGCUUGAGCCUCUACUAAAUUUGUUGUCGAAGAAAUAAGAUAUGGUCUUAAUUACCAUGGUUUGUGUGGUUUGUCUGUGUUGCUUAUAGGGUGGCGCAAAAAAUAACAUUAUCUUCAAAGGCGAGGAAGUAUGUAAAGGACAUCAUAAAAUUUAAAUCAUGUUCUUGGUUAACACCUCAUAUGAAGGGUUUCUAUUUUUGUUGUUUGGAUGGCUUUUGAAUGAUAUGGUCUUACAGGGCCGGAACCACGUUAUGGCUGUGCCCUCCCCCAAUUUAGUUGUUACAAUAAUAUUAAUAGUUGGAUUGA